UGUGCUUCCCUUUGUCUUACUAUGGACCAGCCAUAUUUAUUGUUUUGUAUACUGUUGGAAGUCCUGGCUGUAAACUGUCAGUACGUUGGAGAGGAACGUAUAGUGGGAGGAUAUGCACCGGUUCCACAUUCCAUCAAGUACAUUGUGUCGAUACAGACAUUGGAACGAAAGCACUUCUGUGGGGGUUUCUUGAUUAAUAAGCACUGGGUAGUCACAGCAGCACACUGUAACAUCGGGGUGAAAAAUAUGAUGAUUGUUGGAGGAGACUACUCUCUUUCUAUAUAUGAGGGCACAGAGCAAGAAAUCCUUCCCCACAUUUUGGUGCCACAUCCUUCAUACAACAAAAUCACAAACAACUGUGAUAUUAUGCUUAUUAAGCUGAGGGCUCCAUUCUAUCUGAACAGCUACGUCUCCAUCGCUCUACUGCCCAGACAGGGCGCCCCCAUUGCAGAGGGCAGACUGUGUCGUGUGUCGGGCUGGGGAUACACAAAUCCCAGCGGAGGCCAGAUCCCCUCCACCCUCCGAACUGUAAUGCUCCCCAUUGUCUCCACAGAAAAAUGUAACAGCAGUGAGUCAUUCAGUGGCAACAUCACAGAAAACAUGCUGUGUGCUGGUUACAGUCUUGGUGGAAAAGAUGCCUGUCAGGGGGACUCGGGGGGUCCACUUGUUUGCGAUGGCCGGGUCUAUGGUGUGGUGUCCUGGGGGAAAGGCUGUGCUGAUGCUCAGUUUCCUGGAGUCUACACUGCUGUGUCCAAGUUCCGCAGGUGGAUAGACAACACCAUAUUUAGCUACUACAGCAGAUGCAACAAGAAUUAGAGCCCAGUGCAACUUUUCACUGUUGCCUUAUGUGACCUAAGUUAGGCUUGUUUUGCCCUUCAUGCACAUUUGAGUAUAUGUUCAUGUGUUAAAGGAAUAUUUAGGAAAAUAUUUUAUUUGCUUUCUUGCUCAAAUUUGGAUAAAAAAGGGCGCCUUUAUAUGAGGCUACAGUGUGGGGCCUGUCAAAGGUAACAAAACAAACCUCCAAGCGCUUUUAAGUCUUGCACGUGACUUGUUAAUAUUUCCAGCAGGUAAAAAGUUAAGAGCAUUGUCAGUUUCUUCUCAGUAUUGGCAACAAAGCAAAUCUGACAAUUUUCCAAACUAGUUCUUGAGCGGUUGUUACUUGACCUCAAGUAAAUGUUGUAUCAGUCGAAAACUAGAAACAAUGAGCAACCGUUUUUGAGUUUUACAUUUAAUUUGCAAGCUGCUGAUCUAUUUUAGGCAACUCAUAAACAAUAGAAAUACAGUGGAAUCCACCAAUACUCUCAGGCAAAGCAGAACACAAUGAACACAUUUCCACAGCAUCACGAUUGAGGUGCCAAAUCCUUCAGAGUCUCGUGGAAAACAGAAAAACAUAGUCAUGAUACUAUGGUUGAGUCAUGAUACAUCACAGUUUAUAUGUUCUAAAAUCCUUUAAGAAGUCAAGAAAGCUCACAGGCACAUCCAGGACAAAUUACUCUUGUUUCACUAAAAUCUGAUCAAUAAUGUAGGAGGAGUAGCAACAUUGUGAAAAUGAAAGUGCCUGUAAAAUUAUAAAAAUGACGUUGACCUUGAUUACACUUUGAGUGAAGACCAACUAGGGGAUCAUUGUGUGCACUGCACGUUUGAGUAUAUUCUGACAAAUACAGUGGAAGUAGCAACAAUUCUUGUGAACUCUGGUGAGAUGGACAGACAGUGGACACUUUGCUAUCACACACGCUCAUCGGUCCUUUGGCUGGAUGAGCGCAAAACAUAUGAAAUGCUGUAAAUAAAGCAUGCUUACAUUUAACUGAGUAUACUGUAGCUAUUACUGUAACAUCACAAGUCGUAUAGCUUGUUCAUGAGUCACAGAAACAACAGCAGGAACUGAGUUUACUGAGUCAAAAUGUAAAAAACAACAUCUGUUCAAUGUGAAAAGAAACCAUUUAAAAAUGUAUUUCCCAUUUUUUGAUAUUCAGUUAAUCAGUACAGUUUAUAUAUACAUAUAUAUAUGUUUUUUGUUCUAUGAAAAUUAAAACAAAUGUUUAGAGAUGAAACUGGUGGGUAAUUUGCACUAUUCUAUGGCAUUUGCAUCACCAAAUUAAUGAAUUAUGGAAAGAAUCUAAAUUUGAACUGAAAAUUAAAAUAAUGCUUACUUUAAGUUCAAGAAUCGGCUGGUUCAAUUGUAACGCCCUUUUUGCUUUUUGAGGGCCUGUGAUAGUGAAUUACGAAAUGAGCAUCACCUGGUAAAAUUCAUGCUUCUUCUAAGCUAAUAUUGAUUUGACACAUUAUGCACAAAUGCAUUGAUUCAUUCCUUCAAGUCAAUUUUUAAUCAAUAAAUAUAUGCAUGCAUAAAAAAUUCUGUUCUGUCAAUUUCAAUGUGAACUCAGUUACAAUAACUAAGGAACUAUAUAUUGUGUGUGUGCGUGUUGUGAUCAGCCUGUGUUUUCAGGCUGAAAUUCCAUCAGUCAGAAAAUGAUCACUGCCAAUUUGACAUGAUAUAUUCAUGGUCUGUUUUAAUGUAGUUGCAUAAACUGUA